GGGAGGAUGAGAGGUGGGGUUUUUCGGUCUCGUGUGGAUUAAAGGAGGAGUGGAGCAGCAGAAAGACGCUGCCACUGCUGCAACAGGAGCGCUUGUUGUGUGCAGACAGCCUCAAAUUUGCACUUAAAGUAGAUAGUAGAGUAGCAUUUGUGAUUUCUGAUACAAGAUUUAGUUUCCUGACAGACGGUUAUCCAUUACAAUUAUUCUGCAUUUAUCAUUUUUAUACCACAAGAAGACAUCCUUUUGAAUCUUGCAGAAUUACCUGAUAUUCUCUGUGCAUUUAAAGUCAACUUUUUAUAUAAAAGUAGAUCAAAGUUGUCACUGUAAAUUUAAACAAAGACCAACAAACUAACAACACAAAAAACACGAUGCAAGACUAUGAGGAGUCAGUUUCGUUUUUGGGGUCCUGGGGCCCUUUCCAGAGGAGAAUCUUGUUCGUGCUCUGUUUCACUUGCAUUCCAUGUGGAUAUAACCUCCUAUCUGUCAUCUUCCUGCUGGCCGUCCCUCCACACCACUGCCACAUCCCUGCCCACAGCAACCUGAGCGAAGACUGGAUCCAGGCCAUCAUCCCAGUACAGGUUGCCGGGCAGCCGGAGAGGAGCAGCUGCAGCCGGUAUGAGCUGAACCAGGUGAAAAACCUGUCAGCUCUGGGAGUCAAACCCACAGACUGGAGCCAGAACCAGUCUGGAUCAGAGGUGUUGCUGUCCAGCCUGAAGCAGGAGGGAUGUGAAGAUGGAUGGAUCUACAGUACUGAGUACUACCAGUCAACUGUGGUCACUGAGUUUGACCUGGUAUGCAGUGAGCAAUGGAAACGACCUUUGACCUCUCUAGUCUACUUCCUGGGUGGACUUUGUGGAUGCUUUGCCUCUGGAAUUAUCUCUGAUAGGUUUGGCAGGAAACCCGUCCUGUUUGGUUCUGUUGCCAUUCUCAGCAUCUUCAGCGCCGCCAUGACUUUUGCUCCAUCCUGGCCUGUCUUCACUUUUCUGUUCUUCAUGUUGGGUCUGGGUCAGAUAGCCUGCUACAUUGUUGUCUUUGUCUUAGGUUCUGAAAUCCUGAUUGGUUCGACCAGAGUCCUCUUCUCUAGCCUGUGCCUGCCUUUCAUCUACGUGCUAGCUAUGAUGCUUCUGCCCGGCACGGCUUACUUAAUCCGGAGCUGGAGGCACCUUUCGUUGGUUAUGGCUGUGCCCGGCCUGGCAUGUAUCCCACUUUGGUGGUUGAUUCCAGAGUCCCCUCGUUGGCUGGUAUCCCGGGGUCGUCUGCUGGAGGCAGACCUUGUGUUGAGGUCAGCAGCUAUAGAAAACCGAGUGGAGGCUCCACAGGUCAUCUUCCCCUCAGCUGCUGCAGAAAAAGUUGAAACCAAGAAAGAAAAAUCCCUCAGCUUCUUGGACCUGCUCAAGACAAAAAAUAUUCGGCAUGUGACGAUUCCACUGUGGCUCAUCUGGUUUUCUAUGAGCGUCAGCUACUUUGGAUUGUCUUUUAAUACAUCCAGUCUGAAUGGCAACCCCUACCUGAGCUACUUCCUGCUAACCGCUGUCGAGUUCCCGGCAUACUUUGCCAGCUGGGUGGCAGCGCGGAGCUGUCCUCGCCGCCUCUCAUUUAUCAGCUUCGCUCUGCUGGGGGCUCUGGCACUGCUUUUCAUUCAGAUCACACUGCACAGUCAUCCCGCCCUUACCAUGUCUCUGGUGCUGCUUGGUAAAUUCGGGAUUCUAGCCGGUACCGGGGUGUUGUACAUGUACACAGGAGAGCUGUCUCCUACGGUCAUCAGGAAUACAGCAAUGUCCACCUGUGCCAUGUUCUCCAGAGUGGGCUCUGCUGUUUCUCCAUAUCUGCUGGAGCUCGCUGUGUUCCACAGUAUCCUGCCAUGGAUCAUUGUGGGUUCCCUGUCACUUCUCAGCGUUUUGCUCUGCAUCUUCCUGCCAGAGACAUUCAAGCAGGCGCUGCCUGACACCAUCGAGCAGAUGCCCAUCAGAACGUUUAGGCGUGCCUUGGCCUCAACCAUUCCUCCUAACGAUGAGGAGAAAUCUGUUAAAUACCAGAGCACAGCCAUUGAGAUCCUGUGCGCGACCCGCUUAUGAGACACAAGAAAUCUGCAAGCAAAAAAUGACCAGAGAUCAAAUGAUCUGCACAAGACAAGACACAGGAGGAGUUUGAGACAGUCAUGCCUUUGAUACUUCAGUACAUUUCGAUUACUUUUCCCGGAAGGCUUUGGAACGCUCUACAGCAACUGUUACUUCUGGGAGAGGUUGUAAGCAUUAUUCAUUCGGAAAUUACAAUGCAAUUUGGUAUGAAGGUCAUCUUGGCUCCCACACAGGGGAUAAACCUGAGUUGACUGCCGUUUUCCAAAACGUACAGUCCAAAAAAAACAAAUAAUUGUGCCAGCUCACUGUAUAAACCUUGAGCUUAAGAUGUAAGUGAAAGGUUUAGGCAUUCGUUAUGCAGUUUUCAUGCCGUUAGUGUUACAGGUUGCACUCACACAGAGACUCACCAAUACUCAGGGGGGUUGGGUUGUUUUAUGCAUCCUUCAGUUAAUAACUGUUAACCGUUUGGGAACACUUGAUCAGCCUCCAGUGGGACAUUCACAACACCUCCUUGUCUUUCCAAACUGUAGGGACAGAGUGUUGCAAGAAAGAGAGACCAAAGUUAUUUGAUGUUAAUGUAAAACCAAAGGGGAAAGAUGGCAUCACAUGAUAGUUUACUGCAGUGAAAGUUAAAUAUAUAUUGUGUUCAUGCCGUGGAUUAAAACACUGUAUUUGUGACGAUAGCUACAAUCAGCGACAAUUAUGAGGACAGAUUCUACUGUCACAAAGAUAAAAAUGACUGUAAAGUGAAUGUCAAAGAUGUUUUGAAGUGAAAGUUGUUUUGAAUGUGGAUGCUUUAGUAGGUUGUGAUUGCAUGUGGUUGUGUGGACAUAAAAAACAUCUUAUUUGGGAAAUGUAAAGCUGCAUUUGGAGCCAAUCAACUGUUAGAGUCAAUGAAUCAAAGUCGAGACAUUUGAAAUGUUCAUUUUUACAGUUUGAUAAACUGUACACAUAUAUGAUCUUUUUAAUAAAAUAAUUUUUAAAACAUCACA